GUAAAUCAUGCUGCUCUUCAGAUCACGAACUGUGGGCAAUCGUAUGGAAGCCAGACCAUACAAUGGUCCUGCAGUCGUAGCAUCAGCUGAUGGUGCGACACCAAACAUCCAAAUUGUGUCACACAUGUACAAUAAACUACCCCGGAAGGCCGGUUUCAUAAAUUGGCUGUGGGGGUUUGUGCGCCGCCGCCGUGAGAGACAAGAGAAGGUAGAUCGAGGUGGAGAAUUACAAGUGAUGUUGCCCGCUCAAGACCGUGUUACUUCUGGUGAUGUCUGUCUGUUAACUGAGAGCCCGUUCAGAAUACUCAGGGCAGCUGAAAGCGGCAAUGUGGAAGAUUUCAUGCGAUUGUAUAUGAGUGAGCCAACUCGUCUUACUGUAAAAGAUGCUCGCGGAAGGACACCUGCACACCAAGCGGCAGCAAGAAACCACACAAACAUUCUCCUCUUUAUCAAGAACUAUUCUGGAGAUUUGAAUGUUCAAGACAAUAUGGGAAACACCCCACUUCACAUUGCUGUUGAGAAUGAGUCUUUAGACGCCAUCGAGUUUCUUCUGCAACAACACGUCGAUACCGGAAUUUUAAAUGAGAAGACCCAAGCUCCCAUACAUUUAGCUACCGAACUAAACAAGGUAUCCGUUUUACAAGUCUUCGCCAAGUACAAGACUGAAUUUAAUGUCGAUCUUGGUGGUGAACACGGCCGUACUGCUCUGCACUUCGCAGCAAUUCAUGACCACGACUUAUGUGCGGAGAUAUUGAUCACAGAUUUAAAUGCGGAGAGCAAACGACGAUGCAAUAAUGGCUACUACCCUAUUCAUGAAGCAGCAAAGAAUGCCUCCUCAAGAACAAUGGAAAUAUUCCUUCAAUGGGCGGAAUCACGGGGAUGCAGUCGAGAACAAAUGUUAUCGCUCUAUGAUAAUGAAGGAAACGUUCCUCUUCACUCCGCAGUACAUGGGGGCGACAUUAAGGCUGUUGAACUAUGCCUUAAGUCUGGUGCAAAGAUUUCAACACAGCAACAUGACUACUCUACACCCGUACAUCUAGCAUGUGCCCAGGGUGCGCUUGAUAUUGUAAAGCUUAUGUUUACAAUGCAACCAGCAGAGAAAUUGCCAUGUCUCAACUCAUGUGAUGUUCAAAAAAUGACACCGAUACAUUGUGCUGCAAUGUUUGACCAUCCUGAUAUUGUGAACUACUUAGUAUCUGAAGGUUCAGAUAUGAAUCCAUUGGAUAAGGAAAUGCGAUCUCCAUUAUUACUUGCCGCUUCAAGGGGUGGUUGGAGAACUGUUCAUGUGCUGAUACGUCUUGGCGCCGAUUUAAAGUUAAAAGAUAUAAACAUGCGAAACGUUCUACACUUGAUUGUAAUUAAUGGAGGCCGGAUUGAGGAGUUUGCAAAGAAUUGCCAAGAGCACUGUGAGCCCAGUUUGGCAAUGCUUUUGAAUGAGAAGGAUAAGACUGGUUGCUCUCCUCUGCAUUACGCAAGUCGCGAAGGUCAUAUUCGAUCGUUGGAAAACUUAAUUAAACUUGGGGCUUGCAUAAACCUCAAGAAUAAUAACAACGAGAGUCCUCUACACUUUGCAGCAAGAUAUGGCCGUUAUCACACCGUUUCUCAAUUGCUCGAUUCUGACAAGGGUACGUUUAUAAUUAAUGAAAGUGAUGGCGAAGGUUUAACGCCUCUACAUAUUGCAUCACGUGAGGGGCACACAAGAGUAGUUCACUUAUUGCUCAAUAGAGGCGCGCUCCUACAUAGAGACCACAACGGCCGUAAUCCGCUCCAUCUAGCGGCAAUGAGCGGGUACACUCAAACCAUUGAGCUUUUACAUUCAGUGCAUUCACACCUGUUAGAUCAAGCUGACAAAGAUGGCAAUACACCGUUACAUCUAGCUACUAUGGAGAAUAAACCAAACUCAAUUGCUCUAUUAUUAUCGAUGGGGUGUUGCCUGAGUUACAAUUCUCUUGAUAUGAGUGCCAUUGACUAUGCUAUCUAUUACAAGUUUCCUGAAGCCGCUCUCGCCAUGGUUACUCACGAGCAAAGAGCCCAAGAAGUUAUGGCGCUAAGAUCUGAUCGCCACCCUUGCGUGACAUUAGCUCUUAUAGCCUACAUGCCUCGUGUAUUUGAGGCUGUUCAGGACAAAUGUAUAACGAAAGCUAACUGCAAGAAAGAUUCAAAAAGUUUUUAUAUUAUGUACCGCUUCAGAUACUACCAACACACGAAACUUGAAAUUGCAGCGCUGAGACAGGCGCUAGACAACCCCAAGUUUCGCCCCGAACCGUUGUCUGUUAUCAACGCUAUGGUUGCGCACGGUCGGGUGGAACUGCUGGCUCAUCCUCUAAGUCAAAAGUAUCUGCAAAUGAAAUGGAACUCAUACGGAAAAUACUUUCACCUAAUGAAUUUGCUGUUUUAUUGCAUAUUUCUUGUUUUUAUCACCCUCUAUGGAUACCUUCUUAUGCGAAACACGACUCAAUUUGAGAAACGAUCACAUCUCAUGCGAAACGCGAGCGUUGAGAAUCGGACAUCAAUGUUUAAUAAUUUUACGAGGCUGUCUAAUAACUUUACGCUUACUAACUUUACUUCGCCAUAUGAAUCAGAUAAAAUAACAAUAUUUCCCUUCACAAUUGCCUUUGAGUCAAUGGUAGCGUUUUACACUUGCACUAUGGCAAUACGUGUUUACACUUGUAUCUAUUUUGUGUGGGAACUUUAUAACAUAAAGCAACAGAAAUGGCAUUACUUGGCUGAUCCUGCAAAUUUUGUUUCCUGGAUUUUGUACGUGAGCUCAUCAUUAAUGGUCUGGCCUUCUGAAUCCUCUGAGGACUUGCAGUACUCAGCCGCCUCACUGACCAUGUUCUUAUCAUGGUUCGAACUAUUAUUGCUUUUACAAAGAUUUGAUCAAAUUGGAAUCUACGUCGUGAUGUUCUUGGAAAUAUUACAGACUCUUAUAAAAGUGUUGAUGGUUUUUUCAAUUUUGAUUAUUGCCUUUGGACUAUCUUUCUACGUGCUCCUGUCAAAAGGUCACCACCUUUCAUUUAAUAGUAUCCCAAUGGCACUGAUGCGCACCUUUGCAAUGAUGUUAGGUGAAAUCGAUUUUGUGGGAACAUACAUCCAGCCCUAUUAUAACACAGAGUCGCAGACGGACCUUGUUCUACCGUUUCCUUUAAUGACUUUCUUUAUGCUUGGCCUGUUCAUGGUGUUUAUGCCGAUUCUUCUAAUGAACCUGCUUAUCGGUUUGGCUGUUGGUGACAUCGAAAGUGUGAGACGGAACGCUCAAUUGAAACGGUUGGCUAUGCAAGUAGUACUACACACCGAACUCGAAAGGAAAUUACCAGCAUUUUGUUUGGAGAAAGUUGAUAAAGACGAAGUAAUUGAAUACCCUAAUACGAAUCACUGCAAACUUGGUUUCUUUGAGACUUUACGGAAAUGGUUUACAAACCCAUUUUCUGAAGAUGCUUCUUUGGACAUAGUACUUGAAAGUAACGAGGAUUAUGUAGCAUCCCAGCUAGAAAAACAAAAAUAUCGACUCCGGGAAAUGAAUCACUUAAUGGAACAACAGCAAACACUUCUACGGCUCAUUGUGCAGAAAAUGGAGAUAAAAACAGAGGCGGACGACGUAGAUGAAGGAAUCGCACCAACUGAGAGCAGAUUCCUUCCUCGUUGGAACUCCCCAAGAAUUCGCAAGAAACUGCGAGCCGGGUCUUCCUUCAACAAGGGAAUGUGAAAUAAGCUUUCCUCUUCUGCAUUGAUUCCAGUACAGCGUGUAAAUAGACCACCUCGUAGCUACAGAUAUGUGUAUGCCCGCAAGAUAAAUGAUACAUAUCUGUACUUGUAAGUUUUGUUGAUUUUAAGUGUUCUUUUUUGUGCUUGUAAAACUUUUGUAUUUAUUAGAAUGUGAACUACAUAACUGAAUGUGACUAAAAAACUAGGUACAAAAACUUUGUAAAGAUAAUAUUCUCAUAAUAAGACUAAAUUUGCUAUGGCAUCAGACUUCAACUUAAGUAGCCCAUCGUUAGCCGUACAUGAAAACAAAAAGGAAGCACGAAUAGGCUUUGUUUGUAACUAUACCCAAUGUAUAAAAAUUCUUAGCUAUACUGUAAAAAUGAAAAUUUAUGUAUGCCGUACCUGAUAAAGCGAAUCGAAUUAACGAAUACUUGCCUGAUUUUUAAGACGACCGUAUUAGAAUUAUCCACAAAUGACAUAGGUUAAUUUAUAUAUUUGCUCGUCUACGUAAAGUAUUUGUAUGAAAAAUUUACAGCCCCCUUGUAGUUACGUGCAACACUAAUUUUAGAGCCACCACUAACAUCCAACAAAACAUUUAAUUUUUAUUAGAAAAACAAUGUGGGUGGUUUACGCAACUUAAAAUUGUUUGCAAAUGCUAAAACAGAGCCAACUACGACUCAGUCGACUACAAAUAUAUAUUGAAAGUUAUAAUCGCGAUAUUAUAAAGACAAAUCGUAAAUACAAGAAUGAUAAAAGCGUAUCCCACUGUUAGUAAAAUGACAUAUACCGUGACGCAGUUCUUGAAAUUCAAAAUUAAAUGUUUUGUGGCUUAACCCAGAAAACUAUGUCAGAAACAACAGAACAGAAAGUUAUGUGUGUAUAUCGUCCGAAUAAUAGGAAUAUAUCUGUUCGUUAGAACUAAAUGUGCUUAUCAUAAUAUAAAUAAGUUCAUAAGGAUAACCGUAUUCAGUAAAAAUGAGUAUAAGCUUUUAAUAUUUCGUAUAUCUUAUUAACAACUACUAUAACAAAGUGUGCAAUUUACAAAUUUACA